UUGGCCACGAUCGUCUGUGGCCACCGCUAGCCAUGAAAGUCAAAGCAUCGCAUCCCUCGCCUCUGGUCCGUCUAUAUAAAUAGUCCCCAGUGUCCUGCCGUAUACUGUCAACCCCCGUUCAAGAAUCCUCAGCCUCAGCCGUGUUGAUCAUGGCGUCCCCGAAAAAGUCAACCAUACCAAAGGGCUUCCUGUCAGCCUCCCCCAUUCGCAAGAAACCGUCCAGUACACGUUUCGAGCCCUACCCCCGUGGCGGGCGGCCACCGAAAAGUCCCGGCGCUCCUCGAGGAGCUGAGCCAUACUUAGAUUCAGACACACCGGAGACACCCACGUCGUCUCUACCUCCGGACAUCCGACAAUGGGUCCAAGCGGAGUAUAUCACCAAAUUUCGGGUUCCAUCCGGGCCAGGACAGUAAGGAAAGUCUUCAUCGAGACGGCGGCAGAAUACACAAGGUCCCGAGGCCUCGCAGUUCGCGCUCGUGAGCACGACUAUGAUAUUAUUCGUUAUACUCAUCCUAAGGGAGGACGAGCGAUACCAGUAGUAUUUAUGUGUAAACAGAAUAUUACUGGUGCCGACGGUUUGCAGCCGUCGGAGCACGCCGCCGUUUAUACGCCUUCCACUGUACUUCAGAAGGUCGUUGCGCUGGGUGAUUUCCACCUAAUCAUCCGGAGCGGGACCCAGUCUAAGGCUGGCCCUCGCGAACAAGUCCGGUAUCUUGGUCUGUACGAAGUACACGACCCGAAAUCUCCCCUCCUUCCCGACAGGUUCACCUCCCUAGAUGAGACGGUCAGUGCGCCACGUAACUCUUCGUUGUGCCAAGUACUGAUUGCUGUUCAGGAUCAAAUCCACAUGCAGCGGUUCCUCAGGGCCAGGCAGCCUCAUGGAACCGAACUCAACGACAAGGAUAUCAAGAAGUUGCCUGAGGCUGGGGAGCUGCAAUUGAUGGUCUUGCAAUGCAAGCAGUUCAAUAAGGAGUUUUACACCCAACUGCUUCAGGCGGAUGCUGUUACGCCGGUUCCGGUUGAAGGUCCUAUGAGGACGCAUCCGAAUUGGAAGAAGGUCCGCGCGCAGAUGUUGAGGUUGAUUGAGCAAUCAGCCAUUGGAGGCGAUGAUAACAGCGACGCCUGAACAGGCGGGGAAGCCAGAAUCUAGCUGACGAACGCUGCAAGGAGUUAUGGUUCUAUGUACUAUGCGCACACCCUAUGUCACUAUGUCUAUGCAUCAUUCAUUCUUCCAUGCCUGUUAGUCGUGCUAAGCCGUUGCGGUGAGUAAUAUCUAUCGUUCAUACAGAAGUACAGUCAUUGCUCCUUCGGACACAUCGUCACCAUUCAUCAAAGCCAGUGAACUGCAACCGACCCUUUCACUGCACUUUCGUCUUGGGCCCUUCGACCCGCUUCACCUUCA